AUGUCUUUAUACGGUAAGGAUUCGGUCCCUGUUCCCGGGCCUACGCCCAAAGAUCAUCCUUCAUCCUUCAUCUCCCCUCUGAGCUACCCUCUCCCCCACUUUAUCAUGGCCACCUCUAGGCGUACCCGCUCUGGUCGACCGGCCCACAGUGCCCCGGCAAAGCGAAUCCGUACUAAACAAGGUUGUUUGACAUGUCGGAUCCGUCGCAAAAAGUGCGAUGAAUCUCGCGAAUUCGGCGGUGGCUGUGAGACCUGCUCACGGCUGCACAUUGAAUGCUUGGGAUACAGCAACAAGAGACCUGAGUGGCUCAAGGGUGCUCGUGUGGACGAAUACAAGCGUCAGAUUAAGCAUUUCCUGGCUGACAAUGGUGCGAGAUCCUCGACUCGUAGCCCCGAUCAAGCAUUUCUCGGGCUUCAACACUUGAAGGAGUCCUCAGGCUCACCCCGAGAACAUUCUGAAUCUGUUCAUACCGAUACCGAAUCCGAUUAUUACUCGGAUCCCGUAUCUCCUGUGGAGCAGAAGAUCGAAUACCACUCUCCUUUACACGCAAUGACAGCUCUUCCCUCUAUUACUGAGACCCAGCCUGCUUGGAUGCCUGAUCUUUCCGCUGAAGUCAAUUGGUCGUCGCCGACCUUAGAUUUUUACGGAUAUACGGACGACCAAUGCCCCAGUAUGAUGUCACUACAGGGGACGCAAUAUAGCCCUUUUCCAACGCUGGAUACCUUGUCUUUAGUGUCUGGCCCUAUGCAUUAUAAUGAACACUCCAUAACGCUCUCCCCCGUCCUGGAUCCAUGCCAGUUGGAUCCAAAUAUGCUACAAGUUACCUCGGCUCAGUAUGAAUAUCCCGCUUCCUCCGAAUUGGUCGACACACGUCCCAUUUGGCAGACGUUUACUGCCUUGCUUCCCUUGGCUGCUGGCGAUCCAGAAGGCGUUGGAGCGGUUCUUGAAGUGCUGAACCACAGCUCGGAGCACCUUCUCACACACAAUGACUUUUUGGCUGGUACUUCCACUGGAACUGAAGAUUUACGUCAAAUGCGACAGCGCGCAAAGCAACGUCUCCUGAGGUCUGGUUAUGAUAGACCACUCUCGCGUGCAGUCACUUCAUUGCUAAUGAUGCAAGUAACCCUCCGCCAAGGGCAUUUCGGUGACUGGGGCGAUUGUCUAGAUUUCGUGAUCGACUGGAUACGCAAUCAGUUCUCGCUUCCUUCUGCGAGAGUUUCCAGCCUCGGAGAAGAUGAUCGGCGUGUUCUUCGUCAUGGAUUAUGGGCAGAGCUCAUCGCGACAGCUACCCGCAAACAGGUGCCGGUUCAUAUCGAUAUCUACCGACGCAUACUUGACUCCGAGGAGCCUGCCGUCCUUGCUUGCUCAAACAAGGUUACGAGUACAUUUGUAGAGGUGAUUGCACUGGCCGCAAACCCAUCACAUCUGGCACAGGCACAAGCUAGGAUGCAACAAUUCCGAGAGAAUCUAGUCGUCCCGACCGACGAUCUGGAGUCCAUUUCCGCAGCUCACGUUCAUACUAUUGGAAUUAAUCUCUAUCUCGAGACGGUCGCAAGUAGAGGCACAAUCAACCCUGCAGUUCAAGAUUCCGUUCGAGCGUCGGGCUGUCAUACGAAGGAUGCCAAUCGAUGGAGCAACUGUUCCAUGAUGAUGAAAGAACUCAUCAGGACCGAAGGUGGAGACAGUGCGCUACAGGCUGCGUUCGAAAUCAUGGACGAAACCUAUAAUAAUCGCAAGAGGGAGGCAUCUCGCCAGAUCACUGGGUCGAGAAAAUGCGUGAACAAAACGUUCUGCUUGUCUAGUGCUCAGCCUACGAAGCGGGUAGUUGUGAAUCGCGCGCAUCCUCGGUGGCCGGUCCCACCUCGUGUUGAAAAUUGA